AGAGUUGGCUUUGGUUCCGUGGUUCCGGAACCGUGCCGCAUCAUGGCCAUGCCUUCGAUCACGACGCUGGUGGGCGUGGUAUUCUUAGCCUACAUCCUCCACUCGAUCUACCAAAUGUCGCAGCUAUUCACGAGUCUGCAGUGCACUGGCUCGCCCUGCUACACCUCCUUCCUGGCCGAGCGACCACGCAUGCAGCUGGCCCUGUUCAGCUCACAGACCCGGAAUCCCAUCGCCAAUGAAGUGAGCGACGUGUACAAGCUGAAGCGCUUCGACUAUGCGCAGCCGUUCGACCACGACUUCCAGAUCCAUGUGCCGCCCAAGACCCGACGCAAUGGCACUCUGUUUCUGCACGUGGUGCUGGCUCUGGAGGGCGAGCCAUUGGAAUGGCGCACCCUGAAGCGCGACGGACCCACGGUGCUGCACACGCUCAAUCUCUGCGACUAUAUGGUGCCACGCGCCGAGAUCUUUAAUCUGAUCAAUCAAAACGAGAAUGCAGAGUCCACCGAGCAGCAGCAGCAGCUCGAGAAGAAGAAUAAAGCCGCCAAGUCGGAAAAGCCCAGCACGCACAUUCGCUCGAACGUCUACGUGACCCUGCUGACGGACAUGUUCGCUCUCUCCCAGGCGGACUUGCCGCCCGAGCUGGCGCCGCUGAUCCGCGUGAAUCGCAUGCAACAGAUCCUGCCCAUCCUGCAGACGGACAUGUUCAACACAAGACUGAAGCACCUGGUGCCGGUGACCAGCAACACCACCGAAUUCACAUUCAGCUUCCACUACAGGCCCGUUGGAAUCGGCAAGCUGCGACUGAUGCUGCUCAUGGAGCACGCCACCCACGCGCUCAAGUCCAUUGGCUUUGCCGAGAAAGACAUCGACGAGGUGAAGGGCAUCUUCUCCGACACGAACGUCUAUCUGCUCUGCGGCACCAUCUUCGUGUCCAGCGUGCAUAUGCUUUUCGACUUCCUGAGCUUCAAGAAUGACGUGGCCUUCUGGCGCAAGAAGGAGUCCUAUGAGGGACUGUCCACCCGUACCACCUUGUGGCGCGCCUUCUCGCAGAUCGUCAUCUUCCUCUAUCUGCUGGACGAGCAGACCUCCUAUCUGGUGCUCAUUCCCGUCGGCCUCGGCACGCUGAUCGAGCUGUGGAAAUGCAAGAAGAUCCUGCGCCUGCACUUCACCUUCACCUCGUUCAUCGCCCGCAAGCUGCAGGAGGGCGAGCAGCCAGAGCCCGGCCAGCUGGCCGAGCAGCAGACGCAGCAGUUCGAUCGGGAGGGCAUGCGCUACCUGAGCUACCUGCUCUAUCCGCUGUGUCUGGGCGGCGCUGUCUACUCGCUGCUCUAUCAGCCGCACCGCUCCUGGUACAGCUGGACCCUCAACUCGCUGGUGAACGGAGUCUAUGCCUUCGGCUUCCUGUUCAUGCUGCCCCAGCUGUUCGUCAAUUACAAGCUCAAGUCUGUGGCUGCCCUGCCCUGGCGCGCCUUCAUGUACAAAGCAUUCAACACGUUCAUCGACGACUUCUUCGCCUUCAUCAUCACCAUGCCAACGGCCCAUCGCGUCGCCUGCCUCCGCGACGACAUUGUCUUCAUCAUCUAUCUCUAUCAGCGCUGGCUCUAUCCCGUGGACAAGACUCGCGUCGACUCGGGCGUGGCCAUUGAUGCGCCAGCCCCAUCAGCUGGCCGCGAUCCCCAUCCCAAGCGGGACUAGACAAAGAUAGCAAUAAAGCGGACAGAGCUAGAGC